AUGCCCCCAAACGGCCGAAUCCACGGCUGGACACGGGAAUCCCUGCUCGUCGGCGAGAUUCCCCGUCUUAAAGGGUUUGGCUUCAGAUCCGAGGAGCUGGAUUAUGGUUUGCUAUCUGCUAGUGAUGCAUUGGGCUCGGUUGUUUCUCAACUUGAUGCGGUUACUGGGAUUGAGCGGUUAUUUUCGUGGAGAUGA